AUGACUUUCAUUCCCCUCCUUUUUGCUGCUCCUGCUCUUGCUGCUGUUGCCAGAAGAGCUGACAACGACUAUGCUGAACAGUACUCGUCUAUUUUAGACCAGUUGGGUGAGUACUCUGACUUUGGUGGAGCCUACUCUGACCUUCUGUACCUUACCGACGACGACUACUACCAGUCAAUUUACGACGACUACUCUUUGGGCGACUACACUGCUCUUACUGGUGCUGCUUACACUUCGGCUUUGGCUGAGGCGCUGAGCAUUUUGGGCAAUACUGGCGCUUUGGGCUCGUAUGCUGCUUUUUCCACUUUGGCUGAUGACAUUGAGUCGGCUUCGGGUGCUGGCAAUGCCGGUCAGGCUUCUGUCACUUCUGGCGGUGACUCUGAGUCGUCUGGCUCCAGAGGCGGCUCUGGUUCGGCUUCUGGCCGUUCUUCUGCUACUGGUUCUGGUGCUUUGUCUGGCGGUGCUGGCGGUGCUAGCGGUUCCGGUUCCGGUUCCGGUUCUGGCUCUGGCUCUGGCUCUGGUUCGGCCUCGAGAACCGGUUCUGGCUCCAGAUCUUCUGGUUCUGGUUCCGGCUCGGCCUCUAGCGGUGCCUCUGAGUCUGGCGGCUCUUCCUCCUCUUCUGACGGUCUUGCCGGCCGUUCUACUCAGUACUACGGUGCUGGAGGUGUUGCUGCCGUUGCUGCUCUUCUUUUGCUUUAG